GUCAGUGAGAUGCCUUGACAUGAAUAUAUAUGCGUGUGGCAGGUGAGAUGAGAUUAGAGAUGAGUGUAACUUUUGACAGCUGUGCCUCAGCAGGGUGACCAGCCGCCGCCAACUGUGCAUCACGAUGAUACAAAUAUCUACUUGACUGACGUGCUGCCAAGAUGCCUCCACGUAAGAAGCAGGAUGACAACGAGAAACAGACUCGUAUUGCCAUUGUCAAUACAGAAAAAUGUAAACCUAAACGGUGUCGGCAAGAAUGUAAGAAAUCUUGUCCUGUAGUGCGAAUGGGUAAACUCUGCAUUGAAGUUACUCCAAAUGACAAGAUGGCAGCAAUUAGUGAGGAGCUGUGCAUUGGUUGUGGUAUUUGUGUGAAGAAAUGUCCCUUUGAAGCAAUCAUGAUCAUCAAUUUGCCAAGUAACCUUGAGAAAGAAACUGUUCACCGCUACAACAAGAAUUCAUUUAAGCUUCACAGACUGCCUGUACCUCGUCGUGGUGAAGUUCUAGGACUUGUGGGUACGAAUGGAAUUGGAAAAUCUACAGCUCUGAAAAUAUUGGCAGGGAAGCUGAAGCCAAAUUUGGGACAAUAUUCUGAUCCACCAGACUGGACUGAGAUUCUAACCUAUUUUCGAGGCAAUGAGCUACAGAACUACUUCACCCGCAUUCUUGAAGAUGACUUGAAGGCUAUUAUCAAGCCUCAGUAUGUUGACCAAAUUCCUAAGGCUGUCAAAGGUUCAGUGAAGGAUCUUCUUAAUAAAAAGAAUGACAUGGAAAACCUAGAGGAGAUGCUUGAUGUCCUUGAUCUUCGAAAUGUCCUUGAUCGCAACAUAGAGGAUCUCUCUGGAGGAGAGCUUCAAAGGUUUGCUAUUGCCAUGGUUUGCAUUCAGGGUGCUAACAUAUACAUGUAUGAUGAACCAUCUUCUUACCUAGAUGUUAAGCAGCGUUUGAAUGCUUCCCGUGCUAUACGUUCGAUGGUAAAGGCUGAUAAUUAUGUGGUGGUGGUGGAACAUGAUCUGGCUGUUUUGGAUUACCUGUCAGAUUUCAUCUGUUGCUUGUAUGGCCAGCCAGGUGCAUAUGGUGUUGUCACAGUUCCCUUCUCUGUAAGAGAAGGUAUUAAUGUUUUUCUUGAUGGUUUUGUCCCAACAGAAAAUCUUCGAUUUAGAGAAGAAUCUCUUACUUUCAAGGUAUCUGAUCAGUUAAGUGAAGAGGACAUUAAAAGAAUGUGUCGCUUUAAAUAUCCCAAAAUGAUAAAAAAGCUUGGCGAUUUUGAGUUGACUGUUGAUGCUGGUAACUUCACAGACUCUGAGAUCAUGGUUCUUCUUGGAGAAAAUGGCACGGGAAAAACUACUUUCAUCAGGAUGCUUGCUGGGAGGCUAGAUCCAGAUGAAGGAAAGUCAGAGCUACCAGAGUUACACAUUUCAUAUAAACCACAGAAGAUCAGCCCUAAGAGUCAGUCCACUGUCCGUCAGCUGCUGCAUGAAAAAAUUCGGGAUGCAUAUGUGCACCCUCAGUUUGUGACUGAUGUCAUGAAGCCCAUGAAGAUUGAAGAGCUGUUUGAUCAGGAAGUUCAGCAUUUGUCAGGAGGAGAGUUGCAGCGUGUGGCUUUGACUCUGUGUCUGGGAAUCCCAGCUGAAGUGUACCUAAUUGAUGAACCUUCUGCUUACUUGGACUCUGAACAGCGUCUGGCCGCUGCCAAAGUUAUUAAGAGAUUUAUCAUGCAUGCUAAGAAAACUGCUUUUGUUGUGGAGCAUGACUUCAUUAUGGCUACUUAUUUAGCAGAUAGGGUCAUAGUAUUUGAAGGUUCUCCUUCUGUGCAAACUAUAGCAAAUGGUCCCCAAACGUUGGUAUCAGGAAUGAACAAAUUCUUAGAAAUGCUUGGCAUCACUUUCCGCAGAGAUCCUAACAACUUCAGACCACGCAUCAAUAAGGACUGUAGCCAGAAGGAUUCCGAACAGAAGAACUCAGGCAAUUACUUCUUCCUUGACACAGAAAGUAAAGGUGAAGGAAAACAGAACUGAGAGGCACCCUAGUGGUGUUUGUGAAUAUUACUGAAAUGCAGCUCCGGCCUCAGGCCAGAAAAUUUGAGCCAUGCAGUGCUUAUAGAUUAAGGUGUGAUGGAGAAAACAAAAAUUUUCAGGUGCAUAACAACACUUCACCAGUCAUAUUUACUUUUCUGGGUGGUGGGGGUAUUGGGGUGUUCAUGCUGCUGUAUUCUGCCUCUGCUGUACUUUCAUCUUUACUUUUCAUGACCUGUUACCCUAUAAUUAUAUAUUUUUGAAAUUGAUGAAAUGGUCAUAUAAUCACAACAUUAUAAUAUAUUUUGUUAAUUUUACUUCAGAGCCUAAUUACUGUGUUGUGUAGUAAAUUCCCAGAACUGCAUUUGCACAAAGAUGAUGAAAUGAUUUUAGAAUACUAAAGUUCUUACCAUGCAAUUGGGCUAUACACAAAUAACCCGCACAUAAAAGAGAAGCUUACGGCGACGUUUCGGUCCGACUUGGACCAUAUAUAAAGUGUGACUUUGUAAAUGGUCCAAGUCGGACCGAAACGUCGUUGUAAGCUUCUCUCUUUUAUGUGCGGGUUAUUUGUGUAUUGUUCCAGUCACGGUAUUGUGCCUUUUUAUGUUAUUCAAUUGGGCUAGUCUUGUAAAUACAUUUGAUUACAUGUUUCAUGGUACAGUAAUGAGAGGAACCUAUCUAUAUAUGAAAUUAUAACUUUAAUAAACAGACCCUUUUGGGUUUAAUGCUUAUUUUAUUACAUUAUUAUUUAGAAUAAGCAUUUUCACAGUAUGAAAUAUCAGCUAAAUUAUAUGGGCUUGUAAAACAGUCAAGCAUCACAAUAGCAGUAUACAUAUGGGGAUUCACGAUAUAAUAGUAGGGUGAUGCAGCAACAGCAGCAGCUAAACCCCACCUCUUGCCCAUUCCUCUUCAUCUCCAUCUUGUGUGACAGCCUUCUUGUUGCACUGUUGCCUACCAUAAAGAUAACCAAGGCCUUGGUAGCACCCAUGAAGUUUUAGUUGAUAAUAUCUAGGAGCAAUGACAUACAGUAAAUAUUUCAAGACCAAUACAGCAAAAAUUUCCAGAAAUGUGGUUAUUGGUUAAGAAGUGUUGCUUCUAAAGGAUGGUUAAUUCUUGGCCAUUGUUGAAAUAAGGUGCAGGAGGCAAAAAAAAAAAAUAAUAAAGACUGCAUCAUCACCCGAUAAUUAAAUUUCAGCAGUAUAUUGAUACUAUGAA